UGAAUUGGGUAUAUAGUUUGUCAUAGUAUAACAUUCUUGAAACCCUGAUACAAAAGUUGAUAUAACAAAAAAAAAACACGAGAGCUAAGAGGAAAGGAAAAAAUUAAACAUUAAUACUGAUCCUCAACAAUGGUUGAUUCCCAAGAAAAUGCACUCAUGGAAGAAAGAGAAGAGCUCAUGGUUUCACCUGUUGAUGAUGAAGUAAAACCUAUUUUUAGACUAGCCCAUUUUUUGAAACCAACAAUACCCUCUGCCCAAAAGGUCCCAUUUCUCCCUUCAAGACCCAAUAUUCAAGAACUGAAAAUCAGUUCUUGUUAUUCUUCACUAAAGGUCAAGUUUAGGGGUGGGGUUAUGCAUAUGAAAGGAUGGUCUCAAUGGGUUGAUAAGUUAAAGCCUUUAUAUCAAGAUACAUGGAAAAAAGCGGGAAUCUUUGAAGCGAUUACAGGUUCCACAUUCAAGAUUUAUAUGCACCAUGAUCUGAUUUAUGCUCUUGCUGAGAGAUGGUGCUUGCAGACUAACACAUUCAUUUUACCAUGGGGAGAAGCAACUGUUACUUUGGAGGAUAUGGUAGUUUUGGGUGGUUUCUCUGUUUUAGGCCACUCUGUCUUCAACCCUUUGAAAACCAAAGAGUCUGAUGAAAUUGUUAAAACUCUUACGGAGUGUUAUAAUGUUAUUAGAAAAGAUAAGGUGAAUGUUUAUCACCAUGCCUGGAUGGAAUAUUUUGCCGGAAAAGGUGGUGACCAUUUGGAGCAUGUUGCAUUUUUGACCCUUUGGUUGUCCAAGUAUGUGUUCCCUUCUAAAGGUUUUCAGAAAGUGCAACCAGAUCUUAUCCCUAUUGCAAUUCAUCUUUCUCAAGGCAACUCAAUGGCACUUGCCCCUGCUGUUCUUGCUACCAUUUAUAGGGAUUUAAACUUGCUUAAACAGUUGAUUGUAUCUUCAUCUAAGCAGACUGAACAAAGUAAUAAUUUUAGAUGUAUAGAAGAUGAGUCGGAUCUUAUCCUCCGUGCUCCUCUUAAUUUUGUUCAGCUAUGGGCAUGGGAGAGAUUUCCCAAUUUGCAGCCUAAGUCUAGUAUUUUCAUCAACUCUGGGGAGCCAAGAGUAGCUAGAUGGCAUAAGGUGAAAAAACUAAACUGUGUGGAUCCUAGGAGUGAAGUAGAUUCUGCAGCAGAAUGUUUUCUGUGGCGUCCUUACGCUAUUGAUACUGUGAAGAAUUGGGACAUCAACAAAUUUUACAAGGAAAGGGAGGAAUAUGUGGAGGUUGGACAACAGAUGGGAAGUGAAAUCUUGAUUUUUGCUCGACUUAUUCGAGCUUCUGAACUAGUUGGGAUGGAUUGUGUAGAGCUGUAUAACCCUCAUAGAGUAUCGAUGCAAUUUGGAUUCGAUCAAGAUGUGCCCGGUUGUGUGAAUUAUGCAUGGAGAAAUUAUGACAGACCAAUUCAAGAUGCCAAGCUCUAUAUACCUUCUAGGCUCAUCGAGUCAGAUGUCAGCAGCCGAUACUUGGAAUGGUGGAAGAACCAAAACAUUAAAUUUUUGCAGAAAUGCGAUGAGGUUAGGAAAGAUGGUAGUAGUUUUCAGGAUUGUGAAAUGAGAGUUGUAGAAUCAUCAGAUGAUGAUGACAAUAUACCAAUUUCGGAAUCUUUACGCAGGAUGAAGCUCAUGAAGAAAGAAAUUACUGUACCUGCUAAUCAAGAACCUCUACGUAGAACCCAAAGCAAAUCUUCUUCAGCUUCGAAUGAUGGAACUGCCAGAGAAAAGGAGACUCUAACGGAAUCAAAACCAUUAAGCAAAAAACUUGAUAGUUCAAAUGGAAAAUCAGAGGGAUUAAAUGGAGAUGAGCCAUAUGUAGUUAAAGAAAUGGUGCAACUAGAGAGCAAGGACAACAAUGGCAAAGGUAGCUGUAAGCUCAACUUGCCUGAUGAUUUAGAACUUGCAAGUGACGGUCCAAAUGCAAAUCAGAGUGAUGGUAGAUAUGCAGAAUUUUCGAGCAAAGCUUCUGUGGAAGCACCUAAGGUACCUGCAAAAGGUUGUACCAGCAUAACUGAAGGAAGUAUGGAGAUGGGAAACACUAACAACCAUGAGAAAGCGAAUAGUAGAUAUGAAAUUACUGAUAUUCUGAAACUUGAGAUGAGGAUUAGAAACCUUGAAAACAUCAAUUCUGGAAAGGUUCCAAGAUUCAGGACAAGGUGAAAACAAGAUAAAGCUAAACUAUAGUGCUGAUGCUUCUCUGACUAAGUUUUAUUUUUGUGUUCAAGAAGUUGUGUAGUUCUUCUCUAUAGCCUAGUGCUUGAAGACAUUUAGAUAGUGUUACUGUCUCAUUCUUCUCUUGCUAAGACAAUUUUAUUGAACUAGUGGAAUG